ACGUGAAAAUAGUCCUUGGACAAGAAGGGAGUGUUUUAUUCUUCAUUUAACUGCUUCUUAGAAAAUUAGGGGUUUAUCUCCAAUCUGUGAUUACUUCAUUGACAUCAUCAAAGAAAAUCAUACGCACACUGGCUGUCUAGUAUGUCUGUGUGGUCCUGAGUUCUAUAAGCAUCUGCGUUGCGCCCAGAGACCAAGGUUCAUAUUACUGCUUCAAAAAUCCUUAAUUCAAAGGGGAAAAGCUCCUAAUAGAGGAACUAAGAAGACCUACACCAGAAUAAAGUACUUAUUCAAGAGCUAGAAGACUGAAAUUAAUGUCCCCAAAUUGGAAAGACAAGAUCUAACCUUCACCUGCUGCAUAUCAAGAAAUUGUUUCCACUGUCAGUUUUCAAACCACCCUGGAGUGAUGUCUCUCUGGAACAAAAAUGCCAUUCUAGUGCUAAGAAACCUGAACCGAAAUUGCUGAAUCCCUGAAAAAUAUCUGCAUUGGAUUAACUGACCAUUUUCACAUUGAAAACAUUUUACUGGGAAAUCCUCAUCUAACUCUCUGCUCAACUUCUUUACCUUCUCUUUCUUGUUUGCCAAGUCCUUUGAUGUCAUUCAGCUGAAGCUAACGGUGGACUCUGUGCCCUCCUAGGAAUUCAAGCUACAACUACAACUGUACUACAGCGUGUCUUGUACACCUGGGAGUGAACUAGGCUCUGAGUUACUAUACUUAUAUACAGCGACAGGCACAUGUGAAUCGCUGUAAAGGCUUCUGGAGCAAACUCUCCCCCAGACUGCACCUUGCAGAGGUGGCUUUCCUCCUUGGCCUUUGCAGUGCAGCCACGAGAUGCCCGUCUGCAGGCACUCCCUGCCCUGCAGGGCACUGCCUUUGGCCGUAGCGGCUGCGACUCGGGACAACCGUCAGGGUUGGAAGCCAAAAACCCUCUGCAAGCCCCGGUGAACCCGCUCCACCUGUCCCUCAUGCCGGGUGUAUCUUCCGCUCGUUGUCAGCGCUCGUUAAGACCGAGGGCAUCUCUCUCACUUGCUCUGCCUUCUCCGUGUCUCUUGUUUCACUGGAACAGAGUCAAACGGAGAUGGGUCCACGCAGGGUCUGGAACAGAUCAGCAGGUCAGCUGGGAAUGCCUGUCAGGCAGCCAGUGUGCUCCCUCGCUUCUCCCUGGCUUUCUUUGAGGUUUGUAGCUCUUCUGCUUUCUUGUUGCUAUUGCCACCCUCCCCACACUCCCCCUGCCACACACCAAGCACCCAGACCUUUCCCAAGCACUUUACUUAAUCCCCAGGAUUCUUUAUAUAGGAAUUAAUCUUCUCGUCACAGUGGGAGAGCUCGGAGGGAGGGGGGUACAUUUAUCUCUCCUGCUGAGGUCUAGAGUUGCAUUGCUGUGAUUAUUGGUGGUAGCAGUGUGCAUGUGUCUGGGGAUCUGUGUUUAGCUUCUUCAUUUCUUAAACAGCACAGGGGCAGCAGCAAGGCAACUUGGUAGCUUUGCUUUCUAGCUGCAUUGUGUCUGCUGCUAAAAAGAGGGAGUGUGAGUGGGGAGCAGCAUGGCAGAGCAAGAAGCCAGUGGCUUGCAAGUCCUUCUCUCCACCCUCCAGAGCUCCUGUGACAAGGACGUCAUCCAGAAUAUUCUCAGUGUCCUCACUGACCUGCUCUCUCUGGGGACCGGCCGGCGAAUUCACUAUGUGAUCAGCAAAGGAGGCAGUGAGGCACUGCUGCAGGCUCUCGCCGUCGCUGCCCGGACCGAGCCACCCGAUCACAGCACCCUCCUGCCCCUGCUUCGCCUGCUAGCCAGGGUCGGCCAACGAGAUAGGAAGUUUGGGCUGAAAGUGCAGAAGGCAGAAGCAACUGAUAUAAUACUGAGCUUGGCAAGAAGAAACCUGGGCCAUCACCUGUACCUCACUCACUGCCUCUGGGUCCUGCAGGUUUGUGCUUCUAAUGUUACCACAGGAACUACGCUUGGCGUCAAUGGAGCCAUGGAGCUGCUUUUCAAAGUCAUCACCCCCUACACCAAGAGACACGUCAGGACAGUCAGGGCAGCCAUUGAGGCUCUGGCAGCUUUGCUGAAAUCAAAGUCUAACAGCCGACGGGCAGUGAACAGAGGCUACCUGGGUGGAUUGCUAAGACUCUAUCAAGACUGGCAUCACAAUGAUGUCUCCAACAACUACAUUUAUAUUCGUAGGGGUCUCCUACUCUGCCUAAAGCACAUCACCAACAUCCAGCUGGGCAGAGAGACUUUCCUUGGUUCCCAGGGUAUGGAUAUUCUCUUUACAAGUGUACAGGACUGUUUAUCUUGCAAAAAUCUGGAUCCUAUUGUAACCACUGUGACUCAGAUUCUGAGAAAAUGCUACCCCAAGGAGCCUCUGCCUGUGGGGAUAGUGAAAAGUUCCUACUCCUUCCCUCUUCCUGGGAAUGCCAAGGCUGAACCUUUGUGUGAGGGAAUUGAAGGUGACUAUGAAAGUGAUGGAGAGGAAGAGGAUGAAAAAGACCUGGAUAAUGAGGAUGUGGAGACUAGGGAGGAAGACUAUGACUUGGAAACAGAUGUGAACAAGUUGAGGUCGAGGCCAGUGCUUGACCGACCAGAGGAAGAGCUUAGACAAUAUGAAGUAAUGUGUCCAGAACUUUCCCAUAAUUUUCAGGAGCUCGAAUCAGAGUCUGAGGAAGAGAAGAGUUUGAAGGACAGGACUGAGAGUCUUCCUUCUACUCCCUCUCAUUUCAUUCCAAGUUCUACUUCUGUGAAAGAUCCAAACUACAGAUGGAGAAACCAAAGUGUCAGAGGGAUGGGACCAGAUCCAGGGAAAAAGGAUUUCAAAGUCCCACUGCAGAGAUGGACAAAGAAGGAGAAAUGCAGAUGGGAUCAGGCUGAUGAAAAGAGAGACAUUGCAGAAGCAGAUCCAGAUGCAGACUCCUGUGAAGAGGAAGAUCCAGCCAGAAGUCACGUGCUUGCUUUGCAUCCUGUCCCAAAAGACACUGUUUGGUACAAAAAAAUGUUUCACUCUGAAUGUGAGGCCUCAAUCAGUCCUAAUCCUGGAGGGAGCCUGGAGAGCUCAGACAUAGUGACAAAUCUUCUGGAGAAACACCAAGGGAAUAUCCCAUUCCACAACCCUUGCUUCUACAUAGCCAGGGCCAAAUGUGUUAAGUCCAUACAAGACUACAAAGACUUGGCAUUCCCUGAUUUCUGGGGUCACCAGCCACCUCCUUACAUCAAGCCCAUGUUGGAGCGCAAGUAUGGGAUUCAAAGGGACAAAGUACUAGAUGAUAUUCGCCGCUUAAUCCAGCCAUGUGAUGUGAUAGGCAGAACUGUUUUUGAUUUAGACGAGCCCAGUCACUCAAGCUCAGGUGCUCCAGGCUGUCUGACAUUCUUCUCCAAGUUUGAAUCGGGAAACCUUCGCAAAGCCAUCCAAGUGCGUGAGUUUGAAUAUGACUUAAUUAUGAAUGCAGAUGUGAACAGCAACCAGCAUCACCAGUGGUUCUACUUUGGAGUUCGUGACAUGAAAUUAGCAGUUUCCUAUCGCUUCAACAUUAUCAACUGUGAGAAGUUCAAUAGCCAAUUUAAUUAUGGCAUGCAGCUGGUCAUGUAUUCAGUGAAGGAAGCUCUCCAGGGCAGGCCUCGCUGGCUUCGGGCAGGCCAGGAUAUCUGCUACUACAAAAACCACUACCGCUGCAGUACAGCUGCAGGAGGAGGCAUAAGAGGAAAAUUCUACUACACACUUGCCUUCAACAUCAAAUUCCCUCAUAAAGAUGAUGUCUGCUACCUGGCCUACCAUUAUCCCUAUACCUACUCUACACUGAUGUCCCAUCUUGAUAUCCUGGAACAAAAUAUGAACCCCAAGAAGGUUUACUGGAGGCAGCAGACACUCUGCCAGACACUAGGAGGAAAUCUAUGCCCAUUGCUCACAAUCACUGCCAUGCCAGAAUCUAAAAAAGGGGACGACUUGGAGCAAUUCUACAAUCGUCCUUAUGUGUUUCUAAUGGCCCGUGUUCACCCUGGUGAAAGUAAUGCCAGUUGGGUAAUGAAGGGGACCCUGGAGUUCCUUGUGAGCAGUGACCCCAUUGCUGAUCUCCUACGGAAAUGUUUCAUUUUCAAGAUUGUCCCCAUGCUUAAUCCUGAUGGAGUCAUCAAUGGCAACCACCGUUGUUCAUUGAGUGGGGAUGAUCUGAACAGACAGUGGUUGACACCCAGUUCCCAGCUCCAUCCAACUAUUUACCACACCAAAGGUCUUCUCUAUUAUCUGCAUAGCAUUGGCCGGGCUCCUCUGGUAUUCUGUGACUACCACGGACACUCUCAGAAAAAGAACGUGUUUCUUUAUGGCUGCAGCAUCAAGGAGACCUUGUGGCAAGCAGGCUGCAUCGUUGACACAGCAGUUAUCACCGAAGAUGUUGGCUACAGGACUCUUCCUAAAAUCCUGGAUAAAGUGGCCCCUGCAUUUGUCAUGAACAGCUGCAGCUUCCUGGUGGAGAAGUCCCGGGAGUCGACAGCUCGGGUGGUGGUAUGGAAGGAAAUGGGUGUGUUGAGGAGCUACACCAUGGAGAGCACGUACUGCGGCUGCAGCCAUGGACUCUAUAAAGGCCUGCAGCUGGGAACUCAAGAACUGGAGGAAAUGGGAAGCAAGUUUUGCCUUGGUUUGCUCAUUUUGCACCUCAAAUCUCUGCCCUGCAGCAAGAAGGUGAUGGCUCAGGCAGCACUCCUGCUAGAUCUGGAGGAGGAGAUAACAGACCGGGCACAAAGGUCAGUGAUAGUAGUAUUCAGAGAGUUCUCCUGCUGGACAGGUUGGUGGAGAUAUGUUUUAGGUUUAAAUCUGCAGAAACAGACCUUCCUUAUGAUUGAGAUUUCCAUCUUGGGAAUUGGAGUGUAUUUUGAGUAA